UUUUAUUUUUCCCCUGAUUUGCUCUUGAGGAGAAUAGUCAGUCACAGUGUGGUGUCUUGGCAGCAGAACCACUGCACUGACUCUCCUCCAGCUAGAGUUUCAUGUUCCGUUAACGGGAAGCCGAUCUGGGCUGCAUCCAGGAGAACACAACGUUCUGAAAGCUGCAGAUAGAAAUGGAUUGUAUAGAGCUGACAUGAUUCCCUUCUACGUGUCAGGCAAGAGCAUGUCUUCUAUACUGAACAAAAAUAUGAAUGCAACUAUUUCAAAGAAUUUACUGAGUUACAGUUCAUAUAAGGAAAUCAGUCAGUUGAAAUAAAUUCAUUAGGCCCUAAUCUAUGGAUUUCACAUGACUGGGAAUACAGAUAUACAUCUGUUGGUCACAGAUACCUUAAAGGUAGGGGCGUGGAUCAGAAAAACCAGUCAGUAUUUGUGACCACCAUUUACCUCAUGAAGUGCAACACAUCGUUUCAUAGAGUUGAUCAGGCUGUUGAUUGUACCCUGUGGAAUUUUGUCUCACUCUUCUUCGGAGACUGUGAAGUUGCUGCGUAUUGGUGGGAACUGGAACAUGCUGUUGUACACGUCAAAGAGUGACAUGUCUGGUGAGUAUGCAGGUCAUGGAAGAACUGAGACCUUUCCAGCUUCCAGGAAUUGUGUACAUGCUGAAACAUGAGGUGAUGGCAUCGGAUGAAUGGCACGAUGACGGGCCUCAGGAUCUUUCCACGGUAUCUCUUGUGUAUUCAAAUUGCCAUCGAUAAAAUGCAAUUAUGUUCGUUGUUUCUGCCUGCCUGCCUGCCCAUACCAUAACCCCACUGCCACCAUGGGGCACAGUGUUCACAACUUUGAAAUCAGCAAACCGCUCUGGUGGACAUUACAGGAGUCAGCAUGCCAAUUGCAUGCUCCCUCAUAACUUAAGACAUCUGUGGCAUUGUAUGGUGUGACAAAACUGCACAUUUUAGAGUGGCCUUUUAUUGUCCCCAGUGCAAGGUGCACCUGUGUAAUGAUCAUGAAGAAAUUCUCACUAACAGGGAUGUAAACAAAUGUGUGCACAAAAUGAGAGAAAUAAGCUUUUUGUGCAUAUGGAACAUUUCUGGGAUCUUUAAAUUCAGAUUAUGAAACAUGGGACCAACACUUUACAUGUUGCGUUUAUAUUUUUGUUCAGUUUACAUAGUACGUUGCUAUAAGAAUGUUUUGCAAACGUUUGAGUCCACUGAUCUGCAUAGCUGCAUCUUGAUGAGUAAAUAGGAGCAUAGCUAUAGAUGAACUACACUCAUGAAAUAGGUGUAAAAGUGAAAUGGUGCAAAUUGGCUACCUUUACGCACCAGAUGUCCAAAUUAACAGGAUUGAUUGAGGGGGUUUAUGACCAAACACUGGACUGGAUACUAUCAAUUUAUGUUAUAAUAAUCCAAAAAUCAGUCUGCCUUGUGUUCAUGUAAAGGUUAUUAUAGUUUUGUGGUUUUAUAUUCAUUUUUUGUCUCAGUUUUCAGAUCCACUUUGUUUUUAUUUAGUUUGUUUUCACACAAAAAAUCUAUUUAGUUUUAUAUUAUUUUGUUUCAGUUUUAGUGUUAAACUUACUGUAUGCCUCCCAGUCUAAACAGUUUGUGUGCAUAUUUUAUGUCAAGCCAGGGUAAGCCUACACAAAACACAGCCCUCAUUGUAAGUCUUUCUAAAAUCCCCUAUGAGAGAAAUUAAUGGUGGAAAAACGACUAAUUUCCCUGUUUGACCGCCAGGUUUUAUGGGUAUUAUGACACCUCCACCGUGGGGCUCUAUAGGGUGGUUUGAUUAAAUGGCUGAAGUCUAACCCGUGCGCAGACCCGUUUCUUGCGGUUCGUUGUUUAACUCGCCUUGAUAACCAGUUAUUCGGUGUUCAAGGGAUAGACAUCUUGCAAUAUGAUUUUUUAGGCUUCUUGGUGAUUUUGACGUCAGUCCAAGCUGUGUCUGUGCCUACCUUCUCCCCUGUGUAUGAGCUGAAGGUGGGGUACGGAGACAAUGUCACCCUCCCCUGUAACUUUUCCUCCUACCUGGGCCAGGAGGAUGAGGGGGAGGUCCGCUGGGAGGCCAUGGGGCAGGAGGUGGCCUCUAUGGAGGUUGGGAACAUCCUUGGUGAGGCCAGAUGGGACGACGGGGCCAAGGACGACGGGGCCAAGGGGGUGGAGGUCAAAACGACGCUGGGUUUCUCUUCCCGGGUGGAAUUCCCCCCAGUAGAGAGGGUGAGAGAUGGAGACUUCUCUAUGACCAUCCAGGAGACAGUGCUGAGCGAUGAGGAGAUGUACGAGUGUAUCUGGCUGGGCCGCAAGACCAUCUCUACGGUCUGGCUCAAGGUUCAGGAGCCCGACCCUCCACGCUCUAUCACACUGUUCAAGGGAAGCCCGGUCACUCUGCCCUGCUACGCUGUCAUCCCCAAGACCCAGCCCACCAGCCAGAUCUACGUCCAAUGGCUGAAGGACGAUGUGGAGAUCAUGACCCUUAACCCUGGCCCAGACGACAAGGGACCUAAGGAAGAAGACCUCCGUCUCUCUCUCCCACCCAACAACCUGCUGGAGAACGGUGACCUGUCCUUGUUUAUCUACAAGACGGAGCUCAAAGACCAGGGAGUCUAUCGCUGCUUCUACAAGUCCAGGGGCUUCGAGGACCCUAAGAGUGGGAUACCAGAGGGUGUCUCUCUCACCAUCCUAGAUCCAUACACUGACUUAUAUAACUUAACAGGAACAGAGAAUGUCACCAGUAGCUCAGACUUCAGUGGGACUAGCGGUGACAGUGAGAACCCAAUAACAUUCUUCACUUUGGUGACCCAAGAUAAGGAGGAUAUGCAAGUGACAUCAUCUGAGCCAAUACUAGUGCAGACAGAGAUGACACCAUCAUCACCUGACACAACCUUCGAGGAUCCAGAAGACGUGUUGGCAGUGUGGGCAAAGACCCUUCCGCUUGUGCGUAUCGGGAUAAUCACUGGGGUUCUGCUGGUUACAGCUCUGAUCUUCUUCCCUCUGCUGGCUCUCAACAAGAUCCCAUCCUAGACCCACAUUAGGAAGAGAGGGUAGACGCAAGGGUUAGGGCAAGGUCAUUCAAUUAUGGUUCUGGAGGGCUGAAAAACAUCAUUUUCAUUCUCUUUUAAUCAGACUGAUUCAGAUCUGGGUCUAUCAGGUGACUCUUGGCCAGUCAAUUACAUCAAAUGAUAAUUCAUU